AGCGAUGUGCUCCCCGCCCUGUGCCCACGGAGGGACCUGCCUGCGAUCCAACACCUGCCUCUGCCCCCCGGGCUGGGCCGGGCGUGGCUGCCACACAGCGGUGUGUGCAGAGCCAUGCGCCAACGGAGGGAAAUGUGUUGCCCCCAACACCUGCCAGUGUCCGUCUGACUACACCGGGGAGCAGUGCCUCACAGCCAUGUGUACACCGCCCUGUCAGAACCAGGGAAGAUGCAUCGAUGUCAACAAGUGCUUCUGCCCCAGGGGCUGGCGGGGAGCGCGCUGUCAGAUCGAGCCUGUUGCCUGCGAUCCGAGGUGUGGGAACGGCGGAGUCUGUGUCGGCUACAACAAGUGCCGCUGCCAACCACAGUUCACGGGGCCGAUCUGUGAGACAGUGGUUCAGACCCCGUGUGUACCUCCCUGCCAACACGGAGGGACGUGUCGACAGCUCAACCGGUGUGAGUGUGCUGAGGGCACCGCAGGGUCCCGCUGCCAGAGGCUCACCUGCCCACUGGUGACCCUGACAGUCAGCACAGCACGAGCCACACGCAGGGGGGUCGCCGAGAGUUAUGUCGACAGGUGUGGUCCCCUUGGGGUCAAACUCUGCAUCAAAUACAGGAUUAAUCAGGUCCGGGUUUACGUGCAGGCUUACAAGGUCGGCUACAAGAUCAUGUGUCCGAAACGGCUGGGGGUAGAGUGAUUGGCCGGAGCCACACUGAGCCGCAGCACUUCGACUGGGAAAGCAUCACCACGGAUUCGUCCACGGUUUCACACACACUGUACUGAGGGGGAACUCGGACCCUCGCCUACUCCACCAUUCGA